CCGUGGACUCAGUCUUUGCAGUGUCGGGGUGACGACGGGCAGAUCUCACCUCGUAGCAUGUCUUACAGCUUUUAGCGAUAAAUUAACCCGCAUCCGGAGAGUUUGCGCUUGUCACCUGAAAGCUUGGCGGUGUUUGUGCCGAAGAGCCGCUCUCUGUAGGCGCUCGACUCUUUUCCUUUCUUGUUGUUGUCUUGUUGUCACAUUAGCCUAGCAAAGCGCUCCCCAGCUGCAUCGUGUGUGUGUGUUGCCGUGAUUUCGCCGUGACAAGACAAGAGGACAGAGGACAGAGAGAAACAUGACCCAGCCCGGCCACAGCCACCCACUCUCUCUCUCACUCGGAUUAUUGCUUCUUUUAGCUGCUGCCCUGCAUCAGAGUUUGGCCACUUCCCUCCAAACCACUGCUGCACCGCACAAAGACCUGGGCAGACCGGAGAGAGGAAACUACACUGUCACCAACAGCAAUGGAACAGUCUGUUUGAUGGCUCGCAUGGGCCUGCAGCUCAACGUCUCCUUCAACUCUUCCUCCCAGGGCAAGACUGUGCUGGAUGUUGUGAACCUUCAGCCCAACCUGACAAAGAGCUCUGGGUCAUGUGACACAGACACCGCCUCUCUGGUGCUAACAACAGAUGGAGAGAAAACCAACCUUACCUUUUCCUUCUCCCUGAAUGUUACGUCCAGUAAGUACCACUUGAGUGGAGUGACCCUGUCUGCACUCUGGCCAGAUAUGAGCGUGCCCUUCAAUGCCCAGAACAGCAGUCUGGACUACCUGCGGGGCACCUUGGGGCGCUCGUACAUGUGCCGUGAGGAGCAAACUCUGGAUGUGGCCAAGGAGCUCUCCAUCAACACCUUCCAGCUGCAGGUGCAGCCCUUUGGCAUCACGGGAGAUCAGUUUGGAGCAGCUGAGGAAUGCCAGCUGGAUGAAGAUGACAUGUUGAUCCCCAUCAUAGUCGGAGCAGCUUUGGCUGGCCUUGUCCUCAUCGUCCUCGUGGCCUACCUGAUUGGCAGGAAGAGGAGCCAUGCUGGCUACCAGACCAUCUGAGGUGGUUCAUCACUUGCCCCCAGAGGCCAGAGCUCAACCCCACCCUCGCAAUUAACCACUAUUUUACAAGACUGACAACCCCCCAUUCCUCCCAAUCCCUCAUCCAUCAACUCACUCCCUUUCUGUAUGUCCUACAAUCCUUUCUGCUGCCCCUUCCUUUGCUCGCAUCAUUAACACUACCAAAAGUCAUUGCCACCGCGUGGGUUUAGUUGGAAGUUGACAUGUUCUUUCCAGACUGAGCCACUCUUUUGUAUAAAAUGGGACUUUGUUGAGAGGUCGUACGAGAAUAAGGAAACGAUUUUGACCGGUACCAUGUGAAGCAGGAUAAGAGAUUUGAUGAAAUCAUAAGGUCAGAUAUUCCACAGCUUUGAUUUGCUUUGCAGCGUUGUAGCUUUAGGGCCUCAAAUCAUAUGUAUUAUUUAUUGAUUUCUGAGAAAGGAAUUUUGAGGGAUUGCCUGUACAAGAAUUGCUACUGUAGCUGUUUUUAUUGUUUGCUUAUCUGUUAUUUUUCGGUGGCCAUUUUAGUGGUCUUGUCAUAAAGGGGCUGUUACAUUAUUGUAAAGGGAAUACGCUUAACUGGCUGCUCUACUUAAUCCACUUAAGACAGCAAAGAUGUCAAACCGUGUUACAUUUCAUAUUGCAACUCUACAUAUAACCUCAGUACACAGACAGUAGGGAGAUGAAGAAGCAUAGCACAGUCACAAGCAGUAACUUUCUGCUACUAACAAGGAAAUGUGAGCAGUCCCCAUAAUAGUUAAGAUACAUUUAGACUUUUUUUUCUCUUUCCCAGUGGAAUUAGUGAUGACAUGCUGUGCUUUCCCCUUAGAAAACAUGUUUUGUAUGGAUAGACUGGAUGCAUCUGUCAUGUUUACAAGGUAAAUGUGAUAGAGAUGAGGCAUCCUUGCCGACCCUUUGAGCUGAACUUUUCUCUGGCUGUUAUGCACUUCACUUAAGAAUAAGGGUGGCCACUCUUUCGGAUCCUGCUGUUACAAAACACUUACAAAUAUGAGUUGCUGUUACAAACUUCAAGAUGACAUUACUGUUGGCUGAGGUGGAUGAAAACACUCAGGUCAUCACUGCAAUCAGUAGAAACACAAUGAACAUUGUUGAUUUGUUCCAGUCCACUGGUUUGCUUUGUUGAUUUUUACCAAGUAAGGCAUUCAGUUAGUAUUUUUAUUACUGAAGGGAAAAGCAGUUGCACUGAAGUCCUAGGAGACAGUCCCAUUUAAACUCUUAAAACGGCCAAAAUUCCCUGGCCAAAAUUCAUCAGUGCCUUCCCAGCUGUGACAUGGAUGGGAUAAAGGUAAUGCCAAUACUACAGAGGUACUCACUCACUCCACCACUGACACAGUGCGUGCUGCCAUGUGUGGGAUAUUUUCCCUGCAAGUCACUUAGUGUAUUUGUCCUGUCAUUAUUGCCAUGAAUAUGCGUUGUUUGAAAUGAAAGGGGAAAGUAAAAAUACAUUGUUUUUCUCACUCAUCUAAAGUGUUAAUAUCAAUGUAGCGAUUUAAUAUGGUUUUACUGGAAUGUUUGAACUGUUUUCUAAAGGAGAGGUCAAUAAAAAUGAAAGAACCAA